CAGCAACGCAGAGAAAGUCUGUAAGCGAAGAUGGCGAAUGACGUUUUGGCGUACAGGAGAGAAACACGACGUCGGCGUAUUUUGGAGAAUUCAGAAAGUAGAUUGCAAAAGAUAACUGGGAAAGGCGAUAACAUAUCGAAAGUGACAUUUGAUAAUGACGAAGGUUCAUUACGUACCCAGAAUGGUACUUCCUUGCGACAGGUGAAAAAUGGCGAAGUUCAACUGAUUGCGAGUUCUCUUGGUUAUGUUGCUGAAAGUCAUGCAGUAGGGUGCAGUUUGGGGCAGCCAGUGAAAUGCUAUCGCCCGGAAAUUAAAACUCUUCUAGAGCCAGAAUACUUUGGCACAUUGAGCUCAACCAGUGAAUUGCCUAAACGCAUGGAAACAUUUAUUUCAACUUCAUCCAGUUAUCAUUAUGUUUAUGCUGCCAAAUUGCAUUUAAUUUGCCUUGCUGUUUUGGUGAGAAUUAUGCUUCUUGUCAAAUGUGGCUUUAUAUUUGGAGAGUCUUUGGUGGCACCUUUGUGUGUGGUGGAAGUGACUGACCUUCUGUGGCUACAGUUUAAGAAACAACAAAUGACAUCACCACCGGGCCUGCUUAGUGCAGUUCUUCUACUUAGUGGCCUUUCAUCACAGAAAGUUGUGCUGAUAUCAGACUGUAUCCAUAUGUUAACGAAAGUUGUGCAAGAUACUUGUAUAUAUUUCUUUACAUUUGUUACAUUCCAUGCAAUAUUAGAGUGGCAAGUAAAUAUUCUUGAAUUGUGAGGGUCUUUUGGUUGGAAGGCAAUUUCAUGCAUUCCCAUUCACAUAGAGCUUUUUAAUCUGUUUCUAAUGUGUGUAUGUUUGUGAACCUUUUUCAGGAAUAUUCUUUUUUGUGAUCAUGAUACUUAAAUUUUUCUACUCCUUUUUAUAAGAUUUAUCUAUUGAAAGACAAAUUUUCAGUUCUGUAUGCUACUAGAUACCUUGAAAAGCAACAGACAUAUUGGUAUGUUGGCAGAAGUAAAAACACAUUUUUAUGAAAUUAUUUAUCUGCUACCCAUGCUGAUGUAUGCUUAGACAAUUGUUACACUUGCUGUUAUGGAUUCAUAUUAAUUGCAAGGCUGAUGACUAUGUAAUGAAGUAUAUAUACAAAUAGGCAUAUAAAGUAACUUUUGUUGUUCAGUGAUAUUGAUGAUGUAAAAGAGUUCAGCUCUUGAACUAUAACAAAAUGGCUAAUCUUUUCUUCAAAUGUGUAUGUUGCUUAUCAGGAUACUCAAUGUAAAUCAAUCAAGGAAUAAGGUUAAAAAAUAAUAAAAUUUUAUUUUCUGGAAGUAAAGAUAUCAAAUUAACAAAUAGGAAGUUGUAUUACAGAUUCACAUUAACAGUUCCUCUGUUAUUUCCCAAAAAUAAAUCCAGGGUUGUAUGAUCACAGCAUCCAAAAUGAUGUAUACACCUGGAACAACAAAGCAUUAUGAACUGUACCUUCUCAGAACCCACCAAGUUAAUGAACGGACAGACAUAUCCAGUGGAUUCUUAAUUUUGACUAUGUUCAGAUGCUAGAAAAAGUUGAACAGGGUACUCUAUAAUUAGCUAACACAUGGAGUAUAAAGAUACUUUAAGUAUAAACUAUAUAAGGUGGGAUAAUUUAACACAUAAUAUGGGGACAGAAUACUUGUGGAUAAUGCUAUCCGGUUAGGUAUUAGGAUUUUAUAGUUACGUUAUGGAGGCUAAGGCAGCAUUUCUGUCACAUCUAAAUACUGACUUUUGAAUUAACUUAAAGCAGAAAAUUUGGACUCAAAAUUCAGAAAUAAGAUCAGUUCCUUCAGUUGUUCAUGUUCUUUAAAAAAUAUUACAUGUUACUGCAAAAUUUAAAUGAGAGUGACAGAACUGGUCCCUGUUUCUCAAUUACAUAAUCACAUAAAAGCCACAAGCAUAAUAUAGCACUGUAAUUCAUACAGAAAUUGAGACUGCAGGCCUCCCAAUGACAAUUUCGUGAUUUAACUCUUUGUAAGUUGUUAAUACUUGAGGAAAGAUGCUGCUGGAAAGACAAGCAUAUAGAAGUUUAGAAUGCUAUGAACUGUAUAUAAGUGCAAAGACAAAACAACUCUGUC